CGGUGACGCUGCGUCCGGCGGUGCCGGAUACCGGCGGGUCCCGGAGCGCGGCCAUGGCGGCGGCGGCGGCGCACAGCGUGCGGGUGCUCCGGGAGCUGAACCGGCAGCGCGCGGCCGGGCAGUUCUGCGAUGCCACGCUCGGCGUGGGCGGCCGCGAGUUCCGCGCUCACUGGCCGGUGCUCGCCAGCUGCUCCCGCUUCUUCCGCGCCCGCGGCCCCGGCGGGCCCGUGGCGCUGCCCGACGGCCUGGCCGACACCUUCCAGCUGCUGCUCGACUUCUUCUACACCGGGCGCCUGGCGCUCACGGCGCACAACCGCGCCCGCCUGCUGGCGGCCGCCGAGCAGCUCGGUGUGCCCGACGCCGUAGCGCUGUGCCGCGCUUUCCGCCCGCGGCCCCGCCGCGCCGCCGCCGCCGCCAGCCCAGAGCCCGCGGCGCCCCCUCAGCCCGGCGGGCAGGCGGGCUCCCCCUCAGCCCCGGAGGAGGCGUCGGUGGGUGGCGGCGGGCGGGGGGACGGCGACGCCGAGCUCCUUCCCGAGAAAAAGGCGCUGCGGAGCAAAAAGAGUCCCCCCGCCCCGGGAAAAGCGCCGGUGAGCAGAAAAGGUACAGCGGUGCCGGUCGAGUGUCCCACAUGUCAUAAAACCUUCCUCAGCAAAUAUUACCUUAAAGUGCACAACAGGAAACACACUGGAGAAAAGCCAUUUGAGUGUUCCAAGUGUGGCAAAUGUUACUUUAGAAAAGAGAAUCUCCUGGAACACGAAGCCAGGAACUGCAUGAACCGAUCGGAACAGGUGUUUACAUGCUCGGCCUGCCCGGAGGUGUUCAAGCGGCGGAUGGAGCUGCGGCUGCACAUGGUGUCACACACUGGGGAGAUGCCGUACAAGUGCUCCUCCUGCUCGCAGCAGUUCAUGCAGAAGAAGGACCUGCAGAGCCACAUGAUAAAGCUGCAUGGUGCACCCAAGCCUCAUGCGUGCUCUACCUGCUCCAAGUGCUUUCUGUCCCGGACAGAGUUGCGCCUGCACGAGGCCUUCAAGCACCGUGGAGAGAAGCUGUUUGUGUGCGAGGAGUGUGGGCACAGGGCCUCGAGCCGCAAUGGCCUCCAGAUGCACAUCAAGGCCAAGCACAGGAACGAGCGGCCCUAYGUGUGUGAGUUCUGCCACCAUGCCUUCACACAGAAAGCCAACCUCAACAUGCACCUGCGCACACACACCGGUGAGAAGCCCUUCCAGUGCCACCUCUGCGGCAAGACCUUCCGGACACAAGCGAGCCUGGACAAGCACAACCGGACGCACACUGGGGAGCGGCCGUUCAGCUGUGAGUUCUGUGAGCAGCGCUUCACAGAGAAGGGGCCGCUGCUGAGACACGUCGCCAGCCGGCACCAGGAGGGGCGGCCCCACUUCUGCCACAUCUGUGGGAAGACCUUCAAAGCGGUAGAACAACUGCGUGUCCAUGUCCGUCGGCACAARGGAGUGAGGAAGUUCGAGUGCACUGAGUGUGGCUACAAGUUCACACGGCAGGCUCACUUGAGGCGCCACAUGGAGAUCCAUGACCGAGUAGAGAACUACAACCCUCGGCAGCGGAAACUGCGCAACCUGAUCAUCGAGGAUGAGAAGGAUGUGAUGGUGGUGUUGCAGCCGCCRCCAGAACUGGAGGUGGGCUCAGCUGAGGUGAUUGUGGAGUCGCUGGCCCGUGGGCCACUGCCCGAGGAGGUCCCUGUGCAGAAACUCUGCUCAAAUGAGACCUUUUCCCCAGCGGAUGUGAUUGAGCAAUCGCUGAUUAUAACGACGACGAUUCCUGAAGACUGUGAGACGUAGUGUGGCCACCCAUCCCCUUCCCAUGAAACACAGUAAAGCGUGAAGCUGAGCCACUUUCUGCCAUACUUGUUGAGUUGUGCUGCUGCCCCCUCCUCUCCUUUUCUGCCAAUCUCCCAUCCCAGGCUGCAGUGAAAGAAAGUCACCAUGACAUUGUGAUGGAGUGUCAAAUGAAAAAAAUGUCUCAAAAUGGGCACUCCAGUCAGUGUCCAUGUGUGGCGUGCAGUGGGAUGGGACUGACCUCCCUGUGUCAUAUUGUGAAUCACUUUCAGAAGCCGGAGGAACUGGUGCUGCCACCCCUUUUCCUCCAGCCCUCUCACCCUGCUUGUGAUUAAAGCUCACCUUCCCCCACAGAGAGCGGCUCUGCCCUUUCCUUAACUCCUCCGUUUAACUUGUGCCUUAUUUUUCCUUUGUUUUGUUAAGCUUCUGACAGUUGCUGUUUUUUUCCCCCAUUAAAGGCAGGGCAUGACCCRUGUCUGCUCAGCACUGGGAUAAAGGAGCUCUGAGUUCACUUGAAACACACUGCAGCAGCCRAAAAGUGCCUGCGCUCCUGUGCUCAUGUGUGGGGACUUACUCUGUCCCAAAUAACCCAAUAUGGGGUUGCUGGGAGAGGGAGAAUCAUGACCUGAGUGGUGCCAGGGUGGGGGGAGAUCACUCUGUGUACCCCCACACCCCAAAUUUGCAGCCAUGCUCUCUCCCCUUUCCCCCUCUACUCGCCAAGGAGGCAGAGAGGCUCCAGUUUAAGCAUAUCUGGAAUGAGAAACUUCCACAAAAAUCUCAUUCCAGGCCCCCCAUUCCCU